UUGGGAUAACUAGUAUAAUAACACUUAUUGUAUCCAUAAACUAAAAAAUUAUUAAUUAGGCAUUUAUUAAUAUUGAAGAUAUAAAUACAAAUUACACUAAAAUAUAAUUUUAAUUUUUAAAAAAAGAAUAUGAAAGCAUCUAAACAUAUUAAUAAUAAUUAUUUUAGUAUUGUAGACUAAUUAAGGGAAUACGAAAACCACUUAAAAAGAGUAUAAAAUGCUUAACAGAAAAUAUUUUAGAUAUCAAAAGAGCAUGAAGUUGAGAAGUAUUAAAAAUAUAAGUAAAACUAUUAUCGUACAAGAAUUCAUGAAGAGAAUAUUAAAAUUUAAGAUAUGAAUAAAAAGAAUGAUCUGAUAAUGUAAAGAUUAUUAAAGAUUUAAAAUAGUUCAACACAGCCAUAGGUGUAUUCACCUAAAAAACGCUCACAAUCUAUUUAGUACUCCUCAGAGAUAUCAAAAAAAAAUACUGAAAAUCUACUUAAAAAUAGAUACAGAUAAUAAUUAGAUAUUUAAAGAGAAAAUGUUGCUAUUCAUAGUAGACUUAACUCUCAAAAAAGUAUAGUUGAUAUUUAUGAUAUUAAAAAUCAUGAAAAAAAGCAUAAAGAAUAUAGGUAAAAGCUAACAAAGCUAGAUCAUGAUAAAUAAAUAAAAUUAAGGGAUGUUUUAGAAAAUAAAUUUCAUCUUUAGAGCUCUAAGUCUAUAGCUUUUUAUUUACCUUUGAUAUAAUAAAAUAGAAAUAAAUCAUAAAUAAAUGACUCAUAGUAUGAUACAGCUCAUUCUAAAAGCUAAAAGAAACUAAGGUCAAUUUCCUAAACAUAUGAUGCAAAAUACUACUAGGAAUAAUUUUCUUAAGAUAAUUUGAUAAAAUAAGGAGAUAACUCUUACUAUUAACCUGAUUUUAAAAGUGAUUAAUAAUUUUCAGAAUCAUUAUCUGUAAUAAAAAAAUAGUAAACUUAACAUUGA